AAGGAGAAAUGCAUAUAUAGAGUAAUUUAUCUAUCCAUUGAUUAUCAUCCAAGUAACAAACUUCGUACUGAAAAGGGAUAAAUCUAGGCUCUAUAGAAAUAUUUCAAUUUCUAUAGAUGGAUAAACAAUAUCCGACGCAAGAUACAGUUAUAAAGUUGGUCUAAUUUACCGUUUAACCUUUAGGCUACCAAUGUAACUAGGUUUCUUUAUUGUUAUUUUAUGGAGAAAAUUGAAUGUAUGAUAUCAGUGAAUACAAAUCUGACAAUUAAAGAUUAAAUCUUUCUAAGGUCGUUCAUAUACUAACUAAAUAUGAAAGAAGAACAAAUUAAACCUUCCAUUCAGAGGUGUGCAACGACUGAUAUAGUAACAUUAGGGGACAAGGAAUCCAAACAACUGGACGUUUCGACAAAAGGGGCAAUAAAAAAGGCAGUGUCUAUGGAUUCAGGGGAGGCAGAAAUCUCCAAAAUGUCGAACUCGUGUUUAGGAUCUUUAAAACGUCGUUCUGUCCGGAAACGAACAAGCAAAAGGUCAAAUAGACAAGAACCAGGAUAUGGUCACGAUACCGAGACUUACGAGAAAAUACGAGAACGUGUCUUACAAGAACGCGCGGUGACGAACGCUAUAGACGCUUUACAAGAACGCUGGAGAAUGUUAACAUUUAUGUAUGAAGAUUGUGUUAAAAUGAAUCAGACCAGGAAAGAACGAAAAUUGAAGAAACUAUGUGUGAAAAGACAGUUUGAACUUAUCAUGGUUGUAUCGACAUUUGCUCUUUUUUGUCUAUUUCUAUCAGUAUUGAUCUUUGUUUUACUGAACAUAUGGGAAACUGUAGGAACUAAAAGUAUUCCUGAUUUUCAGUUUCCAGUUAGUUAAACUGAAUCGAACUUAUAUGAAAAAAGUUUGAGUUUUUGUGUCAUAAAUUCAAUAAAAUAUAGUCGUUUAAAUGAAAUUAUGACAUCAGGUCAUGUUAUGAUUCUUGAUGGCAUGUUACAUUAACGGACUUAUUAACUGGAUUAUUACAUUGUAUAAUAAAUUCAGAUAUUGUGAGGUGUUGAAUUAUUUUCCGUACUGUUUCGCAUUUUGUACUUUAUGUACGUUAUGAUAUUUAUCGUGAACAGGAAUAUACAUAAAACCUAUGUCUGCUCUUUCCAGUGUGGAUUUAUUUGAUAAAGUGAUAUUAUUCGAACCUCCUUCGGGAUUCAUUUGAUGUAGAUCAUUUAGAAAUUGAUAUUCUAUAUUUGUCGCCUUAUUGGAAUAAACCUUUAGAAAGAUAUUAACGUGACUGAGUUUAAUUCAUUCUAUUAUUUU